UGUCUGGAGGAGCUCAGCUGAGACAAAUAAAAUGGCCUCACUGAGCCCAGCCUAAAUAGCUGACCAUCUCAAUUAUGAGCAAAUAAGUUUUGAAUGAUUUGUUGUGCUGCAAUAGCUAAUUAAUACAUGCACCCAGUGCAGAUAGGAUGCCAGGAUUCAUUGACAAGUUGAUUACUAGUUCUCUUCUAACAGUGGGCACUCUAUAGGUACUGAUUUUUCCCCCUGAUUUGAAGUUGGAUGCCUCAUAAGAGAAUGCUGAGUAAUGCAGAAAUAUAUAUGGACAUGUAUGCAUGUAAUUGGUGUCUAUACUCACACCGUCCCUCAUACCACAGGAGAAAACAGAUAACCAUGGCCUGACCAUUAGGGCCAAGGACAAAUAGAAAACCGCAGUUCCCGGUCUCGUCUUCACUGCUCUGUGUCCUCAGCCUCUGUGGCCCUGUAACCUGCGGUAUUGGAAGAUCCACAGCUAACAUGCCAGGUGCGCCUGGCAGCCUAGAAAUGGGACCGUUGACAUUUCGGGAUGUGACCAUAGAAUUCUCUCUGGAGGAGUGGCAAUGCCUGGACACGGCUCAGCAGAAUUUAUAUAGGGAUGUUAUGUUAGAGAACUACAGAAACCUCGUCUUCCUGGGUAUUGCUGUCUUUAAGCCAGACUUGAUAACUUGUCUGAAGCAAGGGCAAGAGCCUUGGAAUAUGAAGAGACAUGAGAUGGUAACUAAACCCCCAGUUAUGCGUUCUCAUUUUACACAAGACCUUUGGCCAGAUCAGAGCACAAAAGAUUCUUUCCAAGAAGUAAUACUGAGAACAUAUGCAAGAUGUGGACAUAAGAAUUUACGAUUAAGAAAAGAUUGUAAAAGUGCCAAUGAGGGUAAGAUGCACGAAGAAUGUUAUAAUAAACUUAACCAACGUAGGACAACUAUCCAGAGAAAAAUAUUUCAGUGUAACAAAUAUAUGAAAGUCUUUCAUAAAUAUUCAAAUUCAAAUAGAAAUAAGGUUAGACACACUAAAAAGAAAACUUUCAAAUGUAUAAAAUGUAGCAAAUCAUUUUUCAUGCUUUCACACUUAAUUCAACAUAAGAGAAUUCAUAUUAGAGGGAAUAUCUACAAAUGUGAAGAACGUGGCAAAGCCUUUAAAUGGUUCUCAACCCUUAUUAAACAUAAGAUAAUUCAUACUGAAGACAAACCUUACAAAUGUAAGAAAUGUGGCAAAGCCUUUAACUUCUCGUCAGCAUUCACUAAACAUAAGAUAAUUCAUACUGGAGAGACACCGUUCAGAUGUGAAGAAUGUGGCAAAGCUUUUAACCAGUCCUCAAGUCUUGCUGACCAUAAGAGAAUUCAUACUGGAGAGAAAACCUACAAAUGUGAAGAAUGUGGCAAAGCUUUUAAGGGGUCCUCAAAUUUUAAUGCACAUAAGGUAAUUCAUACUGCUGAGAAACCCUACAAAUGUGAAAAUUGUGGUAAAACUUUUAACCAUUUCUCAGCCCUUAGAAAACAUAAGAUAAUUCAUACUGGAAAGAAACCCUACAAGUGUGAAGAAUGUGGCAAAGCUUUUAGCCAGUCUUCACCCCUUAGAAAACAUGAGAUAAUUCAUACUGGAGAGAAGCCCUACAAAUGUGAAGAAUGUGGUAAAGCUUUUAAGUGGUCUUCAAAACUUACGAUACAUAAGGUAGUUCAUACUGGAGAGAAACCUUACAAAUGUGAAGAAUGUGGCAAAGCUUUUAGCCAGUUCUCAACCCUUAAAAAACAUAAGAUAAUUCAUACUGGAAAGAAACCCUACAAAUGUGAAGAAUGUGGCAAAGCUUUUAGCCAGUCUUCACCCCUUAGAAAACAUGAGAUAAUUCAUACUGGAGAGAAGCCCUACAAAUGUGAAGAAUGUGGUAAAGCUUUUAAGUGGUCUUCAAAACUUACGAUACAUAAGGUAGUUCAUACUGGAGAGAAACCUUACAAAUGUGAAGAAUGUGGCAAAGCUUUUAGCCAGUUCUCAACCCUUAAAAAACAUAAGAUAAUUCAUACUGGAAAGAAACCCUACAAAUGUGAAGAAUGUGGCAAAGCUUUUAACAGUUCCUCAACCCUUAUGAAACAUAAGUUAAUUCAUACUGGGAAGAAACCGUAUAAAUGUGAAGAAUGUGGCAAAGCUUUUAGGCAAUCCUCACACCUUACUAGACAUAAAGCAAUUCAUACUGGAGAGAAACCCUACAAAUGUGAAGAAUGUGGCAAAGCUUUUAACCAUUUCUCAGACCUUAGAAGACAUAAGAUAAUUCAUACUGGAAAGAAACCCUACAAAUGUGAAGAAUGUGGCAAAGCUUUUAGCCAGUCCUCAACCCUUAGAAACCAUGAGAUAAUUCAUACUGGAGAGAAACCCUACAAAUGUGAAGAAUGUGGUAAAGCUUUUACGUGGUCUUCAAAACUUACUGUACAUAAGGUAAUUCAUACUGGAGAGAAACCCUGCAAAUGUGAAGAAUGUGGCAAAGCUUUUAAGCAUUUCUCAGCCCUCAGAAAACAUAAGGUAAUUCAUACUAGGGAGAAAUUAUACAAAUGCAAAGAAUGUGGCAAAGCUUUUAACAAUUCCUCAAUCCUUGCUAAACAUAAGAUAAUUCAUACUGGGAAGAAACCGUACAAAUGUGAAGAAUGUGGCAAAGCUUUUAGGCAAUCCUCACACCUUACUAGACAUAAAGCAAUUCAUACUGGAGAGAAACCCUACAAAUGUGAAGAAUGUGGCAAAGCUUUUAGCCAUUUCUCAGCCCUUAGAAGACAUAAGAUAAUUCAUACUGGAAAGAAACCCUACAAAUGUGAACAAUGUGACAAAGCUUUUAGCCAGUCCUCAACCCUUAGAAAACAUGAGAUAAUUCAUACUGGAGAGAAACCCUACAAAUGUGAAGAAUGUGGUAAAGCUUUUAAGUGGUCAUCAAAACUUACCAUACAUAAGGUAAUUCAUACUGCAGAGAAACCCUGCAAAUGUGAAGAAUGUGGCAAAGCUUUUAAGCAUGUCUCAGCCCUCAGAAAACAUAAGGUAAUUCAUACUAGGGAGAAAUUGCACAAAUGUGAAGAAUGUGGCAAAGCUUUUAACAAUUUCUCGGCCCUUAUGAAACAUAAGAUAAUUCAUACUGGAGAGAAACCCUACAAGUGUGAAGAAUGUGGUAAAGCUUUUAAGUGGUCCUCAAAACUUACUAUACAUAAGGUAAUUCAUACUGGAGAGAAACCCUACAAAUGUGAAGAAUGUGGCAAAGCUUUUAACCAUUUCUCAGACCUUAGAAGACAUAAGAUAAUUCAUACUGGAAAGAAACCCUACAAAUGUGAAGAAUGUGGCAAAGCUUUUAGCCAAUCCUCAACCCUUAGAAAACAUGAGAUAAUUCAUAGUGGAGAGAAACCCUACAAAUGUGAAGAAUGUGGUAAAGCUUUUAAGUGGUUGUCAAAGCUUACUAUACAUAAGGUAAUUCAUACUAGAGAGAAACCCUGCAAAUGUGAAGAAUGUGGCAAAGCUUUUAAGCAUUUCUCAGCCCUUAGAAAACACAAGAUAAUUCAUACUGGAAAGAAACCCUACAAAUGUGAAGAAUGUGGCAAAGCUUUUAACGAUUCCUCAACCCUUAUGAAGCAUAAGAUAAUUCAUACUGGGAAGAAACCAUACAAAUGUGAAGAAUGUGGCAAAGCUUUUAAGCAAUCCUCACAUCUUACUAGACAUAAAGCAAUUCAUACUGGGGAGAAACCCUACAAAUGUCAAGAAUGUGGCAAAGACUUUAACAAUUCCUCAACCCUUAGGAAACAUAAGCUAAUUCAUACUAGGGAGAAAUUGUACAAAUGUGAAGAAUGUGUCAAAGCUUUUAACAAUUUCUCAGCCCUUCUGAAACAUAAGAUAAUUCAUACUGGGGAGAAACCCUACAAAUGUGAAGAAUGUGGUAAAGCUUUUAAGUGGUCCUCAAAACUUACCGAACAUAAGGUAAUUCAUACUGGAGAGAAACCCUGCAAAUGUGAAGAAUGUGGCAAAGCUUUUAAGAAUUUCUCAGCCCUUAGAAAACAUAAGAUAAUUCAUACUGGAAAGAAACCCUACCAAUGUGAAGAAUGUGGCAAAGCUUUUAACAAUUCCUCAACCCUUAUGAAACAUAAGAUAAUUCAUACUGGGGAGAAACCCUACAAACGUGAAGAAUGUGACAAAGCAUUUAGUCAGUCCUCAAUCCUUACUAAACAUAAGAUAAUUCAUUCUGUAGAGAAACCCUACAAAUGUGAAGAAUGUGGCAAAGCCUUUAACCAGUCCUCACACCUUACUAGACACAAAACAAUUCAUACUGGAGAGAAACCCUACAAGUGUGAAGAAUGUGGCAAAGCUUUUAACCAUCCUUCAACCGUUACUAAACAUAAGAUAAUUCAUACUGGGGAGAAACCCUAAAAAUGUUAAUAAUGUGGCAGAGCUUUCAACCAUUUUAUAAACCUUGAUACACAUAAGAUAAUUUAUACUAGAGACAGACCCUGCAUAUGUGAAGAAUGUGGCAAAUCUUUUAACCAGUCCUCAAGCCUUACUAGACAUAAAACAAUUCAUACUGGAGAGAAACCCUACAAAUGUAAAGAAUGUAGCAAAACUUUUUUUUCUCUUUUUUUAUACUUUAAGUUCUAGGGUACAUGUGCACAACGUGCAGGUUUGUUACAUAAGUAUACAUGUGGCAUGUUGGUUUGCUGCACCCAUCAACUCGUCAUUUACAUUAGGUAUUUCUCCCAAUGCCAUCCCUCCCACAGCCCCCUACCCCCUGACAGGCCAAGGUGUGUGAUGUUCCCCACCCUGUGUCCAAGUGUUCUCAUUGUUCAAUUCGCACCUAU